AUGGACAGAACCAGAGACGUAGAUGGACAGAACCAGAGACGUAGAUGGACAGAACCAGACACGUGGAUGGACAGAACCAAACACGUGGAUGGACAGAACCAGAGACGUAGAUGGACAGAACCAGAGACGUGGAUGGACAGAACCAAACACGUGGAUGGACAGAACCAGAGACGUAGAUGGAUAGAACCAGACACGAAGAUGGACAGAACCAAACACGUAGAUGGACAGAACCAGACACGUGGAUGGACAGAACCAGACAAAAUAUAUUGCAUAAAAAGGCAUGCUCAUGCCUCAGCAUGCUCAUGCCUCAGCAUGCUCAUGCCUCAGCAUGCUCAUGCCUCAGCAUGCUCAUGCCUCAGCAUGCUCAUGCCUCAGCGUGCUCAUGCCCCAGCAUGCUCAUGCCCCAGCAUGAUCAUGCCCCUGCAUGCUCAUGUCACAACAUACUCAUACCCCAGCACGCUCAUGCCCCAGUGGCAGGAGAGCGGCAGGCGGCAGGAGAGUGGCAGGCGGCAGGAGAGUGGCAGGCGGCAGAAGAGUGGCAGGCGGCAGGAGAGUGGCAGGCGGCAGGAGAGUGGCAGGCGGCAGGAGAGUGGCAGGCGGCAGGAGAGUGGCAGGCGGCAGAAGAGUGGCAGGCGGCAGAAGAGUGGCAGGCGGCAGAAGAGUGGCAGGCGGCAGAAGAAGGGCAGGCGGCAGGAGAGUGGCAGGCGGCAGAAGAGUGGCAGGCGGCAGAAGAAGGGCAGGCGGCAGAAGAAGGGCAGGCGGCAGAAGAGUGGCAGGCGGCAGGAGAGUGGCAGGCGGCAGAAGAAGGGCAGGCGGCAGGAGAGUGGCAGGCGGCAGAAGAAGGGCAGGCGGCAGGAGAGUGGCAGGCGGCAGGAGAGUGGCAGGCGGCAGAAGAGUGGCAGGCGGCAGGAGAGUGGCAGGUGGCAGGAGAGUGGCAGGCGGCAGAAGAGUGGCAGGCGGCAGGAGAGUGGCAGGCGGCAGGAGAGUGGCAGGCGGCAGGAGAGUGGCAGGCGGCAGAAGAGUGGCAGGCGGCAGAAAAGUGGCAGGCGGCAGAAGAGUGGCAGGCGGCAGGAGAGUGGCAGGCGGCAGAAGAGUGGCAGGCGGCAGGAGAGCGACAGGCGGCAGGAGAGUGGCAGGCGGCAGAAGAGUGGCAGGCGGCAGGAGAGUGGCAGGCGGCAGGAGAGUGGCAGGCGGCAGGAGAGUGGCAAGCGGCAGAAGAGUGGCAGGCGGCAGGAGAAUGGCAGGCGGCAGGAGAGUGGCAGGCGGCAGGAGAGUGGCAGGCGGCAGGAGAGUGGCAGGCGGCAGGAGAGUGGCAGGCGGCAGGGAGAGCGGCAGGCGGCAGGAGAGUGGCAGGCGGCCGGAGAGUGGCAGGCGGCAGGAGAGUGGCAGGCGGCAGGAGAGUGGCAGGCGGCAGGAGAGUGGCAGGCGGCAGGAGAGUGGCAGGCGGCAGGUGAGUGGCAGGCGGCAGAAGAGCGGCAGGUGAGUGGCAGGCGGCAGGAGAGUGGCAGGCGGCCGGAGAGUGGCAGGCGGCAGGAGAGUGGCAGGCGGCAGGAGAGUGGCAGGCGGCAGGAGAGUGGCAGGUGGCAGAAGAGUGGCAGGCGGCAGGAGAGUGGCAGGCGGCAGGAGAGUGGCAGGCGGCAGGAUAAUGGCAGGCGGCAGGCGGCAGGAGAGCGGCAGGCGGCAGGAGAGUGGCAGGCGGCAGGAGAGUGGCAGGCGGCAGGAGAGUGGCAGGCGGCAGGAGAACGGCAGGCGGCAGGAGAGUGGCAGGCGGCAGGAGAACGGCAGGCGGCAGGAAAACGGCAGGCGGCAGGAAAACGGCAUGCGGCAGGAGAACGGCAGGCGGCAGGAGAGUGGCGGUCGGCAGGAGAACGGCAGGCGGCAGAAGAGCGGCAGGCGGCAGGAGAGUGGCAGGCGGCAGGAGAACGGCAGGCGGCAGAAGAGUGGCAGGCGGCAGGAGAACGGCAGGCGGCAGGAGAACGGCAGGCGGCAGGAAAACGGCAGGCGGCAGGAGAGCGGCAGGCGGCAGGAGAGUGGCAGGCGGCAGAAGAGCGGCAGGCGGCAGGAGAGUGGCAGGCGGCAGGAGAGUGGCAGGCGGCCGGAGAGUGGCAGGCGGCAGGAGAGUGGCAGGCGGCAGAAGAACGGCAGGCGGCAGGGGAGUGGCAGGUGGCAGGAGAAUGGCAGGAGAGCGGCAGGCGGCAGGAGAGUGGCAGGCGGCAGAAGAGUGGCAGGCGGCAGGAGAGCGGCAGGCGGCAGGAGAGCGGCAUGCGGCAGGAGAGUGGCAGGCGGCAGGAAAACGGCAGGCGGCAGGAGAACGGCAGGCGGCAGGAGAGUGGCAGGCGGCAGGAGAGCGGGAGGCAAGCGGCAGGGAAAACGGCAGGCGGCAGGAGAGCGGCAGGCGGCGGCAGGAGAGUGGCAGGCGGCAGGAGAGCGGCAGGCGGCAGGAGAGCGGCAGGCAAGCGGCAGGCGGCAGGAGAGCGGCAGGAUCCUGGAUCACGACCCUACACCGCUGCCAGACCCUCCUGCCACGCUGAGCGAUAA